CUUCCGGCCUCCUCUUGCAAGGUUCCUGCGAGGCGGCGACGUCGUUCGCUCCGGCCGGUGCUGCUUCCGGAGCCGUUCUGAUUUUCGAACCGACCGGCGGGGAUGUCGGGGUCUUGGUCCAAUCCAGCCCUCGGGGGAGCAACCAGCGACGAUGAUGCCAACACAUCGCCCCCACGGCGGCCUCCGAGCCCGAGCACACCGCGGCGCCGGCUGCCGCCGUGGCACCCAGACUUCACGGGCCUGUAUCGGCUGCCGGAGACAGAGUACCAUCCUUCAGAGCUUCAGCCACCGGGGCGCCGACGGCCGACGAGCGAGGAUGCAUCUGACUCCGCGAGGACGAAAAAGAUCAAGUCCAGGGCAUCGGAAUCGGAGUCAGAUCCUGACAUGUCUUCACAGGAGGAGCCGGGCUCAGGCUCAGGCUCAGGCUCAGACUCCUCGGCGCACAGCUCCCCGGCCCGUGAGCCGGAGAUGCCGCUCGUACCAAUCUGGAGGAACUCCAAGGGGAAGUUGGUCUACGGCUUCUCUGACGACAAGGCCGCUGUGGCCAAAUAUCACCAGGAUUUACGCAAGUAUGAGGAGAAGCUAGCUCGACAAGAACAAUUACUGACGCUCAAGCUGCCUUCCAAGGCCCCUGGUACCAACGAACUCUACGGCUGCCCCAAGCACAAGGACAUGAUUUUAAACGCUGCCAAAUCUAUCCUGAGUCUUUCAGCCUAUCUUGAUGGAAAAGAGAUUAACCGGUGCGCAGGCAUUGUUGUCAAUCGAGAUGAAGAUAGGAAAUCUCUUACUGUUCUCACCUCUGCCUGGAUUAUCUGCACUGAGAAACCAUCUAAUGAUUGGCUCGAUAAAGAAUAUGCUCCUCAAGCUAAGGUUAUUGUUCACCUAUCCGAUGGCACAACCGUCGAUAGUCAACUGAUGUACUUUAGCAAACAUUAUGACAUUGCCUUCUUUGAGAUUACGGGAGGUUUACAGUUGCAGAGUUUACCAUUGGAAGGUAACUCGGAGUUCGGCCAUGAAGCAUUUGUGUUAGUUGGUAGGGAUGCAAAUCUAGAUUUAAUCUACAAAGAAGCCAAGCUGGCAUCUGUAGGCCCUUGUGAAUUCCAACACAAUCAUUAUAAGUUCAUCACUUGUUCAAUUCCUAACAAGUGUGGAACUGGAGGUGGACUGUUGGAUUUUAAUGGGAAAAUUGUAGGGUUAUUAUCCUACACAUUCCCUCUUGUUGCUUUUAUUCCAAGCUCUCUUAUAAUGAAGUGUUCAGCAUUGUUGAGUAUAUUUGGGAGAAUUGUGCGACCCCAGCUUGGACUAAAGCUAAAGACGUUGGGCUUAUUAGGCAUGUCGCGUAUUGAGCAGUUGUCACAUAAUUUCAACAUCUCCUCUGGUCUUGUAGUAAGAGAGGUUUCAGCAGGAUGUGUUGCUGAGAGGCUUGGCAUUAGAGUGGGGGACGUUAUUUUAUCAUGCCAAGGAGAGACUGUUUCAAGUAUAGGCCAGGUAAUGAUUGUACUUCUAUAUGUGUUAAUUCUGUUGUGUUUUAUUUAUAUGGUUCUGACAGUUUGUUUCAGUUCGAAGAUAUACUGGUACGUGUUGGUGAGGAACAUCUUGAGAAGAGCAAUGAUCUUACGUGCAAAGUUGAUGUGCAGGUAAAAUGCCAUGCACCUCUAGACCCCCCCCCCCCACACACACACA